AUGUACUCCAACUCGAACGCCUAUCUAGGCGGUAACAGCCAGCGACCUGGUGGUCAGCAGCAGCAAUAUGGCGGAGGAUCGUUUGGUAACAUGGGCGCUGGUCAGCAGCCUGGCCAGCAACCCAGUCCUUUUGCGCCUCAACCUACAGGCUUCGGACAAGCUCCUUUGCAGCAACAGUAUACUGGCUUUCCAAUGCAAGGCCAGGGACUGCAGCCGCAACAGCCUCUCCAGCAACAAUACACUGGGUUCCCUGGCCAGCAACAGCAACAGCCUCAACAGCAACAACCCUUUCAGACUGGUGCACCCGCGAUGCCCUCGAUCCCACCCCAGUUCCAGCAACAAUUCCAACAGCAGCAGCAGCAGCAGCAGCAGCAGCCAACUGGCUUCUCUGCCUCCCCUCAGCCGGCAUCCGGGCCAUCCAACCCCCCUGCGGUACCAAUGAAACCACAAGCUACCGGUUUCACUGAGAUGGCCGCGUCCUUCCAGACAGGUGGUACUGCAAAGCCACGAGGCCGAAGACCAGAAAAGCCGCAGCCUAACAAGAUUCCCAACAUCCGACUGUCUUUUAUCACAGCACAGGACCAAGCCAAGUUUGAGACCUUGUUCAAAUCCGCAGUUGGUGACGGUGGAAUGACCAUGUCAGGAGAAAAGGCGCGCGAUCUACUUAUGCGAUCAAGACUUGAUGGCGACGCUCUAUCUCAUAUCUGGACUCUCGCCGAUACUACUCGUGCUGGACAGCUCUACUUCCCCGAAUUCGCCCUCGCCAUGUACCUGUGCAACUUGAAGCUUACCGGCAAGCAGUUGCCGCCUAACCUACCCGACAACAUCAAGAACGAGGUUUCAAGCAUGGUAGAUAUCAUCAGCUUCAGCAUCGCUGACGACGCUACUCCUUCAGGCGGUGCUUCUCUCACCUCUGACACCAGGACCAACACUGCGACUCCCCCAACUAUCCAGCAACCUCAACCUCAGCAGCCCCCACCUCAACCUCAAGCAUCCAACGCGCAGCUACUUCAAGCGCAAAUGACGGGGUUCCCUGGGCAACAGACAGGAUUUGGACAACAGGGCCUACAGAGCCAAGCGACCGGUUUCCCUGGGAUGCAGAACCCCCAGCCCACCGGAUACAGUGGUCCUCGGCCUCCAAUGCCCCCUAUGCCUACUGGCUAUGGCCAAUCGCUGACUCCUGGUCCUGCGGGUGGUAUGGCAGCUCCCUUGAAUGCCCAGCCUACUGGACGACCUGGUCAAUGGGGCCUUGUCAAUGCGCCUGCAACAGGUCUCCCCAACAUUGAUGCUCUCCAGGCUCAGAUGAUGCCUCAGCAAGGUCGCGAAGCCGGAAACUUUACCACUCAGGGCCUCCAAGGAAACGCUGUCAUUCCCUGGGCGAUUACAAAGGAAGAGAAGACCCGUUACGACUCUCUUUUCAAGGCUUGGGACGGUCUUAGCAAGGGCUACAUUGGUGGCGACCAGGCCAUUGAGAUCUUCGGACAAAGUGGACUCGAGAAGCCCGACCUGGAGCGGGUCUGGACUUUGGCUGACCACGGUAAUAAGGGCCGUCUGGAUCUCGACGAAUUCGCUGUUGCCAUGCAUUUGAUCUAUAGAAAGCUCAACGGUUACCCAUUGCCCAACAACCUCCCUGCUGAGCUUGUUCCUCCUUCUACACGUAACUUCAGCAAAUCGAUCGGUACCCUGAAGUCAAUGCUUCACGAUGAAUCCGAAUUCCGCACCAAGUCCGGCGCGGCUCUCUUGCCUCAGAAGACGGGCGUCAGCUACAUGAAGAACCGCUCACUCAGGGGCGCGCCUGCCGGAGCUAUUGCUGGUAAAAAGGAUGCCACAGUCUUCAAGAACGAAGACGAGCAGUUUGGUUACAGAUCUAGUGCUCGUCGUAGGGUUGGCAACAAUUCUCCUCGGCCUGAAUCUCCCGCCUCUGUUGCUUCGAACGAUGAUUUGACUAUUGACCAGCUCAAGAAGAAGAUCAAGGAGAAAGAAGUUCUUCUGGAUGCUAUGGAUUUUGCUGACGAGAAGAACCUUGAAGAAGACGACAUUCUCGAUCGUCGCGAUCGACGUGAGGCCGAAGAGCUUUACCGCCGCAUUCGUCGCAUCCAAGAGGAUAUUGAUUCCCACCCUGAUGCGGCCCUAACAAGCGGGGAUUCUGAAGCUGAGCGAAGAGCCCUCAAGCGGCAGCUCCAGAACCUUACGGAUAAGGUUCCUGAGCUUGCUUCCCAGGUGCGAAGAACUGAGAAGGCCAUCAUGGACGCCAGACUGGAACUUUUCCGCAUCAAGGAUGCUAAGGCUCACCCUAACAGUGGUGCUCCUAUCGUAGGAACUGGGCCUGGUGGUACUGUGACCGAAUCGGAUCGUCUCAAGGCCAGGGCCAAGGCCAUGAUGCAGCAGCGAACUGCUGCUCUGACUGGCAAGAAGGUCGAUGUUGGCACUGAGGACGUCGAUGCGCCUAAGCGACUUGAAGAGGAGAACAUCAAGGUCAAGAACGAGAAGGAGAGCAACGAGCGCAUGGUCCGCGAUGUUGAGGAGAGUGUUCGAGACUUUGCCCGCGGCAUUGAGGAUAGUCUCAAGGAGGGUGGUCGUGACAACACUAGUGAGCACGAGAAGCGCCGCUGGGAGGAUGCGCUUGGCGUAGAGGAUGAGGUUCGCGAUUUCAUCUUCGAUCUUCAGCGUGAAAGCCGCAGCGCCCGUGUCCGUGCUCAGGACAAACGACCUGCUCGAAGCUCUGCACGAACCGAGGAGGCUCGGCCGGAACGUGUUGCCAGCCCCCGAGUAGAGGAUCCCGUCUCAACUUCUCGUACUUCUACGCCCAGUGCUGGAGGAUCAUACUCCGCGUACAAGACUCCUGAGGAGCGAGCUGCUUUCAUUAAGCAGCAGGCUGAACAGCGUAUGGCCGAGAGGCUGGCCGCUUUGGGAAUCAAGGCUCCCACCAAGGCUGGUGAGACAGCUGCCCAGCGCAUGGAGCGUGAACGAUCCGAGCGAGCCGCAAAACUGCGCCAGGCCGAGGAGGAAGAUGCUCGCAGGGAGGCCGACCGUCAGGCUCGUCUCGCUGAAGAGCAGGGAGGCCCUCCUCCUGCCGCUGAGCAGCCCAAGACUGAGGCCAAGAAGCAGCCUCCUCCCCCACCAACCCGACACCGUGGCAAGCCUGAAGCGGACCAGGAGGCUUCAAAGCAAGCUGAGGAAGAUAGACUUACUCGCGAACAUGAGCAGCAACAGCGCGAGACGCAACAGAUGGAGGAUGAUGCAAAGGAACAGGAGGAUGAACUUGCCAAGGAGCGAGAGGCUUCUGAAGCCCGGCUUAAGGCUCUUGAGGAACAGGUGAAGCAAGGCAAGCUCCGCAAGGAGGAAGAGAAGAAGCGGAAGAAGGCUGCCAUGGCCGAGGCCAAAGACAAGGAGGCCAAGCUUGCUGCUCGAAAGGCCGAGAUUGAGGCUGCUCGACAGCGGGAGCUUGAGCUUCAACGACAGCUUGAGGCUAUGGAAGAUGGCGAUAGUUCAUCGUCCGAUGAUGACGAGGGUCCCCGGCAGGUCACCCCCCAGGCUUCUACACCUACAAGAAGUGACAGUCAAGUGGCUAGCCAGGCAGAGGAAAAGCAGCCCUCGCCGCCCCCUGCCGAGGCUGUCUCGUCUCCUCCCCCUCCGUCAAUGGUUGUUACAUCGCCGCCCAGUGAGACUGAGAGUAAGAACCCAUUCUUCCGGAUGAUGUCUCAGUCGAACGAAGGUACACCCGCUGCUGCUCCGGCUCCUUCGGCACCCUCGGCCACAAACCCUUUCCAUAGGAUGACACAGAACCAGGAGGCCAGAUCUCCCUCAGCUCCUGUCUCUCGUCGCCGUGCAGACACGGACGACUGGGGUUCUGAUAACGACGAUAAGGACGACGACUCCGACGACGAGCGACCUGGUGGUGGCAGCGCAGCUCAGCUAGCCUCUAUACUGUUUGGUACUAUGGCACCUCCUCGUCCUCUUUCAGCAGCUGGUAGAGAGUCGGCAACAAACAGCCCUGCUCAGACGACUUCUGCUUGGGCUAACACACCUCCUGCUCCUCCAGUGUCGAACGAUGAUGGUGGAGCUCCAGUGUCUUCUCCGCCUCCCCCUCCACCGAUGCCCGGCAAUGGUGCGCCCAAUUCUCCUCCUCCGCCGCCGCCUAUGCCCGGAAGUAACGGCCCUCCUGCUCCCCCGCCGCCACCACCGCCUAUGCCAUCAGCUGGAGCACCUCCUCCUCCUCCAAUGGGCGGCGCUCCUCCUCCUCCUCCUCCUCCCCCCCCUGGCAAUGCGCCAGCUCUUCCUUCCGGCGGUGGUCGACCAGCCGGCUUCUUGAGCGAGAUCCAGCUGGGCAGGUCUCUCAAGAAGACAACCACCAAGGACAGCAGCUCAUCUGCAGUAGCAGGUCGAGUUUUGGAUUAA